AUGGAUUCUUCCAGCGACCGAGUGCCCACGGGCAGGUCUCGCAAUGGUUGCAUUACUUGCAAGGCCCGCCGCGUCAAAUGCGACGAGACGAGACCUACUUGUCGCAGAUGCGAGAAUGCAGGGAGAAGGUGUGAUGGCUACGGGGAUACUUUGGAUCCAGAGGCCCCUGAUGGUGCCUCGUCGAACAGCCUGCGGAUUGUACAGCAUGUCCCCGGCAUUUCGAGGCCAACUCGCAUGUGGCAGACCCCCCAGUCGCCGGACCUCAUCAAUGACGACGAGUAUCGCGCUCUGGAAUUCUUCCACCAGAACACCACUCAGUCGUUCACUGCGGAUAUCGGCGUUCAGCUACUCCGCGUGGCAUACCACCAGCCCAUCCUGAGGAGCAUCGCCGUCGCUAUAGGGACUCUCCAUAGGUCCUUUGUCCUCAAUGGGAGAGGCCCUCGGGCAAGCAGCACCGACGCACAGUUCAUGCUAUUUCACUACAAUAGGGCCAUCCGAGAGUUGGUUUCAAUACAACCGGAGACAGUCCAGCGAGACGAAACGUUCCUGAUUGCCUGCAUCUUCUUCUUCUGUUUCGAGUGCCUUCGAGGUGAGUACAAGCAUGCCGUGCGCCAUGCGACUUCGGGUCUCAAAAUCCUCAAGCAACAACAGUCCUUGCCUGAGAGAGACUCGAUACUGCCACUGGAGGCCAUCGCGCUGCCAUUUUGCAUUCUGGAGACCCAAGUGUUGGAACUCAAGGGUGAAGAGGCCCUUGAUGUGGAAUUACAUCCUGCGAUGCUGUCCUCCUUCACGCACCCGAGUAUCAGCCCACUAAGCCCGGCUUCUGAUGUAAGCGAGAUGCUCAAGGCAUUCCAACUCUUGUGCAAUCGAUUUACGCGAUUUGAAUCGGCUUGUGGGGUCCUCUCACAUCAACGCCCUACUAGCCAAGUUCGACAGAUAGAGGAGGGCUAUUUGCGCAUUCGGAGAGACCUCGAAAAUUGGUUGCACGUUUUCGAAGUCUGGCUUGACUCGUGCCACAGUCAGACAGACCCAACUGUCAUGAUAAUGAAAGUCUGGAGGCUGCUGAUGCGGGUCUUUUUCGAACUGAACUGGCCACCUCCAGAGCUUGCCUGGGACAAGUACGUGCCAGUAUUCGCAACAAUAAUCUCGCUGGCUACAGAUAUAUUGCAGGAACCGCGACAGUAUUUUCAACGGAACAGCUCGAGCGCACCGACGGCCACAUUCUCGCUCUCCUUGGGCAUUGUGACUCCGCUUUUUAUAUGCGCUACUCGCUGCCGCCACUCCUCUGUCCGCCAUGACGCCAUUAAUCUCCUUUUACAUUCCCGACGCCGCGAAGGGCUUUGGGAUACUGAGCUGGCGGGGCGCAUCGCAGAGCGGAUUGUCAGUCUCGAAGAGUCUAGGGCUGGGCUCAGGCCUGGUUCUGAGUAUAUUCCUGGGGAAAUUGGGGCGUCCGCACGCAUCGUGUCCCUGUCGCCUUAUUUUACAGAGAGGAAACAGGCGGACAUUGGGUAUAGCCGGAUGCAGGUUUCGUGCGGUGAUCCGACAGAAUAG